AUGCUAUGGACUUCCAAUCAACAAAAUAUGCCAAACAUGAAAAUCAAUACUAUAAAUUUAUUAUAUGGAUCAAAAUCUUAGAAGCAGAAGUGUGAGAUUCUAGUCACAUGAUGAUGAACCUUUCCACCCUUAAAUCUCUUAAUGUACGUCUUUUUGUUGUGAUGUUUUACAUGUUUGAUGUAACAGCCAAAUCACAAACAAAUUACAGCAAGUUUGCAAUUCCUGCUGUCAUAGCUUUUGGUGAUUCAAUCUUGGAUACUGGGAACAACGAUUAUAUUGAAACCAUAAUGAAAGCAGAUUUCAGACCAUAUGGGAGGGAUUUCUUCGGAGGAAAACCCACAGGAAGGUUUAGCAAUGGCAGGAUCCCUUCAGACUUUUUAGCUGAAAAGUUUGGAAUAAAGGACACUCUGCCACCCUAUCUUGAUCCAACUCUGGAGACUGAAGACCUCUUAACUGGGGUAUCUUUUGCCUCUGCUGGCUCUGGAUAUGAUCCUCUAACACCAGAACUAGCAGCAGUGUUAUCAGUAGAGGAUCAACUGAAUAUGUUCAAAGAUUACAUAGGAAAACUGAAGGCCUAUGCAGGGAAAGAAAGGACAGCUUUCAUUCUAGCAGAAAGCGUAUUUUUUAUCAGUAUGGGAAGCAAUGACGUUUCAGUAACAUAUUUCAUGUCACCAUAUCGGAGAAAUGAGUAUAAUGUUGAAGAGUACACAAGUAUGCUAGUCAAUAUAUGUUCAAAUUUUCUUCAGGAACUGUAUAAAUAUGGAGCAAGAAAGAUUGGAGUACUGAGCCUAUCUCCAAUAGGAUGUGUGCCACUGCAAAGAACAUUAGGGGGAGGUGGAGAAAGGAAUUGCGUAGAAUCAUUAAACCAAGCAGCCAUGGUCUUCAACUCCAAGCUUUCUUCUUCAAUAGAGGCUCUCAACAAAAGUCUUCCAAAAGCUAGGCUUGUUUACCUUGACAACUAUAGUGAACUCAAUGAAAUUAUCCAACACUACGACAAAUUUGUCUGGUCUAAGCAUUACACGGUAUUCAGUCACAAACUAGAUUUGAAGUGGGGGAUACUGCAUGCUGUGGCGUUGGAAAUAUUGAAGCAGGCAUUCUGUGUAAUUCUUUCUCCUUAAAAGUAUGUGAAAAUGCUACAAAAUAUGUAUUCUGGGACAGUAUUCACCCCACAGAGCGAACUUACAGUAUGCUUGUCACAAGUACCAUGGCAAAGAAUGUUCACAAGUUUGUUUGAAAA